AUGGAUGUUGAAAAGUAUUUGGCACGUAUCGGCUGUUCGGGACCAUGUCUUCCGACAUUGGAGACAUUGCGAUACGUUCACCUAAAUCACUUAAUGACAGUCCCCUUUGAGAAUCUCACCAUACAUAUCGGAGAGCGGGUCAGGCUCGAGUUGCCACUUUUAUAUGAAAAAAUCGUCGUCAUGCGCCGUGGAGGAUUCUGCUAUGAGAACAAUGGGCUCUUCUCGUGGCUUCUGUCUCAGAUGGGCUUCGACGUGACUGUUCUCUCCGCACAGGUCAGGAAUCGGUUCACCGGUGCUUACGGACCUCCGUUUGACCACUUCAUCAUGAUGGUCAAGCUGGAUGGACACAGAUGGCUCUGUGAUGUAGGGUUUGGAUCUGGAUUCCAGCUCCCCCUCUCUCUUGAGACCGACAGUCCUCAAGUCCAGAGCCACGGAGUGUAUCGCCUCAGAUCUCAGGGAAACUUCAUUUUCAUGGAAAUGAAAUCUGUGACUGAAGUAUCAGGGGUUGGAGAAGAAUGUUGGACGGAACUGUACAAAUUCACUCUGGAGCCGCGUGAAAGAGAUGACUUCAGAACCAUGUGUGGUUACCAUCAGAGUUCUGCUAGCUCGAUUUUCUUCUGCAAGUCUCUCUGUUCACUCUUACUUCCCACUGGAAGAAUCACAAUCAUGGGCCGCAGGUUGAUUAUAACCAGUCUGUCCUCAGUGGAGGGACAACAAGCUACAAAAACCACUACAGAUCUUUCAGAUGGAGAAAUCACAGAGUUGUUGAGAGAAAAGUUUGAAAUUGUUCUUCAUUCUCCACUCACUCCAAAAGAUGUUGAGAUUGUACCACCACCAGUUACUUAUUGAUUGUUUGUUAGGUCCCUCUUGAUUUUUAAGUAUGUCUAGAUUUUUGUUCUCUCCAUUAAACACACAAGGAAGAAAUAUUAAAUUACAAAUGAAAUCACUUUGUACUCUAGUUCUUGUAAGCAGUUACUCAGGCCAUGAAUUGUAAUUAUUUAUAGGUCUGCAGAUUAAGCUGUUAGCUUUGAAGUGCCUUUUCCAAUUAGUAAAAUGAUUUUAAGUACAUUUAUCUUUAAGCGUCAGACAAAUUAUGUAUUUAAGUGUUAAUAAAGUAAUAACAUUUUGAAUUAAAAUGAAGUUACUGAAA